AUGGUGGAGAGCACAUGGCACGAGAGGCACUCACCCAAGAUGGCACUCGUCACAUGGUGUGGGAGGUACCCGCUCAAGAUGGCGGAGCACACAGUCCAGAAGCCGGAAGAGAAGCCAGCAGCCCUGCCGCUGGAGCCGACCCAGUGCCGCCUGAGGCAUGAGCAUGGCCACCCGUCGCCACCAAUAAACCAGAAGCAGAGGCAGCUGGCUCAGAAGGGGUCCCUGAAGAACAGCAACAUGGGAAGCCCAGUUAAUCAGCAGCCCAAGAAGGUGAUGGCACGAACAAGGUUCGUCAUUCCCAAUAAAGGCUAUUCAUCAUUAGAUCAGAGUCCAGAUGAAAAGCCACUGGUAGCCCUGGAUACUGACAGUGAUGAUGACUUUGACAUGUCCAGAUAUUCCUCCUCAGGAUACUCAUCAGCUGAGCAGAUCAACCAAGACUUGAACAUCCAGCUCCUAAAGGAUGGGUACCGGUUAGAUGAGAUCCCAGAUGAUGAGGACCUUGACCUAAUUCCCCCUAAAUCCAUCAACCCUACGUGCAUGUGUUGCCAAGUCACCUCCUCCACCGCCUGUCACAUCCAGUGA